UAGCAAAGGAUUUUCUCAAACUUUCCACACAAACACAGUUUGUUUACAUUCAACACGGCGAAUGUACGGAGGAUGCGUUGAUUUCCUACAGCAAAUUGGAAUAGUGAAAUAGUGUACACCACCAUGGCUUCCCAUCGUGAUAAAGAGACUGGCAGAAUUUAUCUACUUCGUAAACGGAUUGAGGAUCAAUUCGACCAGGAGUUUGAAGCAGAACAAAGAUUGUUACGAACGCGACGGGAACAGGAAGCAAAGGAAAGGUUAGCAAUCGAACAAAUGAUGACCUGCGAAGAUGAGGAUACAAACGUUAAUCCCGACAAUGCAACGAUCGCGGACGUGAUGAAGAUGCUGAACACUGUGUCUCGCAAGAUCGAGCAGCUUUCUGGGAAGCAGGACACCUUUCGAAAGCAAGUAAGCGAAGCAAAGCACCGCGUACUAAAGCUGGAAGCAAAGCUGAACUCAACGCUUUCGAUGACGGAAAAGGUGAAGGACACGUUGAUGCCUAGAGGCAUGGCAACGAAAGUCAUUCCCCCCGAGCCCGGGUUUGAGUUCCGUGCCGUAAGUAACGAGCAAGAGCUGAACGAUCUCGACCAUAGGCUGGCCACGGACAAUGCGUACAGGAGGAAUCUCACCAGCUGGUUGAACGCGAUGAUAUUGAACUCGGAUUCCGACCGUCGAUUGUAUGAAGCGAUGGAGGUGGUUUUCACGCGCGAGUUUCUGCCGUUGUGUAGCUGGAAGGGGCGACUGAAUCGCAAAAUUGCCAUGUGUACGCAAACGCACAUCAUGGAACUGUUUCGGGUGGUGGGAAGUAGUCGCUUCACCUCUAUAUCGGGUGCAUUUGUGGCCAAGUUUUUUCAGAAAAAACUGCCGCACGCCAAGACGCGACUCAACCAGAAAGGUUAUAGACCCCAUGAUUACAAUAAGAAAUCCAGAGUAUGCGACGCGAACUCAGAUUCGCUGGCUGAGUAGAUUUAGCUGGAACAUAGGAGGGUGCCUAAUGUUUAGUGUACAGAAGCAUGUAGCUUGUAAGCGGAAGAGGAAUUAAAAUCACUUCGAAAUAAUAAAUAAGGAUUUGAAUACACAUUUUAGGAAAAAUGUUCAGGUCCAUAAAUGUUUUAGAAAGAGAAGCAUAAAUGUGGAUGUGUGAAGUAGUGAUGG